CCGCAAACAACCGACGUUGAAAUGACGACGACGUCGCCCGCCGUCUCUAACGUCGACUUUUCAGUUGUUUCGCCAAAUCGGACUCCCUGAUGUUUAGACUUUAGACGUUCCGCGACAGCAGAAGCGAUAGAACCGUUGCAGUAGCAGCAGCGCAGUCAUUCGCGAUCGUGCAGCAAAACCAGCAGGAAAAACGAUGUGAAUAUCAAAAACGAACGAAAUUUCCAAAAGCGAUCAUUCUGCUGUUGUUAUUUUUUUGUUUUUUUCGCGGAUGCAUUGAUAAAUUGUUCUUAUCGCAUCUCGCAAUUAUUAUUGUUUUGACGGGUAUUUUUUGUUUGCCAAAGGUUCGUGCAUACACGGUGCGUCGAUAUUGUUGUUAAAAAUAUUGUGAUAUUAAAUUUGUUUGUUGAUUUUGAGUGGGCUGUGAUAUAGAUAGGUGUAAGGAUGAUGAAGAAAGAAAAACCUAUGAUGUCUGUCACUGCUAUUAUACAGGGACAGGCGCAACAUUGGAGUAGGACGUUGGCUACUGGAUUUCGAAAUCCGCACCACAUGUCUUUAGGGCUCAGUCUUGACCAAAGCCUUUCGAUGGGAGCCCUAGGACCGCAAUCACCUCUGGAAAUAAAGCCGGACGCUUCCACAUUGAACCAAUUCAGCCCGCAGGGUCCGAACAGCCCCGGGUCAUUUUCGUUGGGCCACGGGAAUUUGCUCAGUCCUUCGGCGGGAUCGCAAAAGGCCAACUCUCCGUAUCCACCCAAUCAUCCGUUAAGCGGAUCCAAACAUCUAUGUUCGAUAUGCGGCGAUAGGGCUAGUGGAAAACAUUACGGGGUGUACAGUUGCGAAGGGUGCAAAGGUUUUUUCAAAAGAACAGUACGGAAAGAUCUGUCGUACGCUUGCAGAGAAGAAAAGAACUGUAUCAUUGAUAAAAGACAAAGAAACAGGUGUCAGUACUGUAGAUAUCAAAAAUGCCUGCAAAUGGGAAUGAAAAGAGAAGCGGUACAAGAGGAGAGACAGAGAACGAAAGACAGGGACACGUCAGAAGUGGAAUCUACUUCGAAUAUACAAACAGAGAUGCCAAUAGAAAGGCUGCUGGAGGCCGAACGGAGGGUUGAGUGCAAUGAUCCACCCGUUCCAAUGGAAAGCGCCGUAACGAAUAUUUGCCAAGCCACGAACAAGCAGUUGUUGCAGCUGGUAGAAUGGGCGAAAUUGAUACCGCACUUCACCUCGUUGCCGGUAUCGGAUCAAGUAUUGCUGUUGCGGGCCGGUUGGAACGAACUCCUGAUAGCCGCCUUCUCCUAUAGGUCUAUACACGCACAAGAAGGUAUCGUUCUGGCUACGGGACUUACAGUUAAUAAACAAUCUGCUCAUGCCGUUGGAGUGGGUACGAUAUACGACAGGGUGCUUUCCGAACUCGUGAAUAAAAUGAAAGAAAUGAAAAUGGACAAAACCGAGCUGGGUUGUUUAAGAGCUAUUAUCCUUUAUAAUCCAGACGUUAGAGGUUUAAAAUCGUCCCAAGAAGUCGAGAUUCUUCGCGAAAAGAUCUACGGCGUACUCGAAGAAUACACGAGAACUACGCAUCCCAACGAGCCCGGCCGAUUCGCAAAACUCCUUCUUCGACUGCCCGCACUCAGAUCCAUCGGCUUGAAGUGUCUCGAGCACUUGUUCUUCUUCAGACUCAUCGGAGACGUCUCCGUCGAUACGUUCUUAACGGAGAUGCUCGAAAAUCCUUCCGAUUCUUAGAUGUUGACAAAGUACGUGUAUAAAAAUCGGUAAGGGGGCGAACUUAAAAAAAGCACAUGGUACACCCCCUUACCGUUCUACAUAACUCCUCAUCGUUGUUCGUCUUUCCCCCCAAGUUUAAUUACAAAUCUGUGAUUUUAUAAUAAUUUUCACUAUUUCUUUUUUGAAUGUAUGGUAUUAUUUAGAUGUUUUAUUUUUAAAUCUCCUUUAGAGCGUUUUUAUUUUUCGCGGUAGGAUUUAGUGAAAAAAAAAAUUGUUUUAAAUUGUGUUAAGUUUUGUCAAUUUUUAAAUAUAAUAAUGAGAAAAAAAGAUAUUUAUUUUUUAAUAUAAUGAGGAUUUUUUAAAAUUAAAAACGAUGUUUUGCUGGGCAUGUGUAAAAAUACGAUUUUAUGAGUUUACUUUGAAAUAUAUUGAAAAAAAAAUUAAGAAUCUUUUGUGUCAAAUAAUUUGUUAAGUGAUAAGGAAGUGCCUGUUGGUUUUUUGUUUUUUUCAGAACUUUAACUUCCAUUAUUUAUUUUAAACAAUAUAUUCGGAGUUUUAAUGUUAAGUUUAUAAAAAUGUUAAGGCAACUAUUGAGAAAAUAUUUUAAACACAAUGUGAAAACAUUCCAAAAAAAACAUUUCACACAGGAACAUGAAAAGAUGAGGAAAACGAAAAGAUUCUUUUUAACAUUGGCCUAUAUUAUUGUUAUGAGUAAAUGUACAAUUCUAUGAAAUGUUUAGAAUACAUUUUGGUCUUUUUUGUCUAACACCUGUUAAAGUUUCGAGAUUUUUAAUUGUUAAAUAUUCAUAACAAAUCAUAGUUUAUAGUUAAUAUCAAGUAUUCUAUAUGUACAAUAUUA